CAAAUUUUUUUUAAAAAAAAUCUGAGCCUCGUAUUCCUCGGCGGAAUGCCUCACAAGAUUCCCCUUUCACUGUCAAAGGGUAGAAGUAGAACACUGUUUUCCCGCCAAAAAAAAAAAAAAUCUCCCCACCAUUCCUUUAAUUAAUUAAUGACCACUUUCAGUGCAAGCACUUCAGUGCAGAGACAGACACAAAUUUCACUGAGAGAGAUGAAGGGGGCAUCUAAGGUGAUCAUGGGUGCGACCCUGGUAAUGGUGGUGAGCCUCGCCAUUGUAUUGGGUCUGAUCUUGGUGCUGCUGGCUGACCUCUACUGCUCUCUCUUGCUCCGCCGUCGGAAAAUGAGGAAGUCCACCUCCAACAACAACCUUCCCACCACUGUGGCUGUGGUGACAACCGUCACCAAUGCUUCUUCUCCCACUCAAGAAACCCAAGAACGAUCCACCAGUCCUCUUAGCAGCUUCUACGCACAGGGGGUUCUUCGUCCUCCGACAAGCCUUCUUUUCCGUAUGGUUGAGCUUGACUCCACGAUUCUUGAAGUUCACGCCCAAGAAUCAAACCCAUAUCCUAAGAGGAUUGGGACCCUCUCUCCUCUGUCUCCUCCGUCAACUUCCUCUGUUGCAUCCCCAAACUCUGUUCCGGAAAUCUCAGUCAAAAUAGUCACCAGUGGUAGCACGACUUCCAACGACAAGGCUUGUGGUGGGGACGGUAGUGGGGAGCGUGGUUUAUUGUACAUUUCGAAUCCUAUCUACGACAACGACGCAGGCAGGGCAAGCACUCCGUUCGAGACGCCAGAUACCUCCCCGUCACGUUUAGAAGAUGGUAGUUCUUCCGACGGUGAUGAUGAGAAUAAGAUAGCCCCGCUGUCUUCUGAUUGUCCCCGCUCACCCCCACUAACACCGAUGAAGAAGCUCCCUGCACAGGCUUGCUCUGUUUCUCUCAGAGACGCCAUAGGCACUUCGAGUAACGAUUCUAACAGCAACAACCGCCUCUCCUCCGCUUCUUCUGAUUCUGCAUGCACUUCUCCUUCAUGGUAGUCUGGGUCGAAUUUCUUCCAAAUUAGGCGAAAGUUGCAUUUUUUUUCAUCUUUUUUCUGCGUUCUAUGAGAUGGGUUUGUUUCUGUUUGUGAAUAUGGUGAUGGAGAUGGUAGGUGUAACAGAAAAAGGGAAAACCUGUCUUGCUUUUUCACUCCAGGCGUGAGGGACGGCUCGACCACCCAAGCCACGCCCAUGCCUUGACUAAAAUUUCCAACUUUCU